ACCUUGAGCAGUGUUAUUAAAUUCUGGAAUAUGUACAUGAAAUCAAACCCAAAAAGCAGCAAAGAACAUUACAACAAUGAAAUUACUACGAAAAGGGUAACACCAGAACCUCGUCACGCCAUGUACUCUGAAGAAGCCGAAAGCAUUAGCAAAGUUUUAGAGAACUUAGUUUCAAAUAAAGGUAUCUAUAUAGAUAAACUAUCAGAAAGGCAAGUACCAAGAGAAACUCAAAGGUUUUUCAAUUAUCAACUUAAUAGUGAAUCUUAUAUCGAUGAUAGAAGUAAAUUUAUUAUUGAAAACGGUAAGCCUAACCAAGAAAAUAUUAAAAGCGUAUUUCAAGAACCAAUAAAUUUCGGCACACCUCAUGAUUUAAGUUUUAAGGCAUUACUGAAAAAUAUUUAUAAACUUUUUGCGAAACCGCAAACGAGUAAUGAAAAUAAGGUUACCCGUAUUGAAAUCGAUACGCCGGAAAACAAACCAAGUAAACACGAUAACGUAAAUGAGCAGAGACCACAAAGUGCGGCAGAAUACGUAAAAUACAACGCAGACGAGAACGUAUUCACUAAUAACCCACUAAAUAAAAAACUUAACUUACUAAAAUCUUUACUGACGAAUUUCCAAAUAAAUAAAUUCAAAGAUAAUGGAGAUAUAACGGCGACUAUUACCCGAUUGGAACAAUUAGGAAAUAAUGAAGUGUGCUCACCUUUAACCACCUUAGCUCUCAAGGAUAAUUUAUCUAGGAAUCAUAAUGUUCCUCCCAGCCCAUUGGCCGGUCCUAUGAAUGAUAUAAUGAAUAGGGCAAUAACAACGCACUCGAUGGAAAAUAUAAAUUAUUUCGAGAAGAAUACAGAAAAAUCUCAAAAAUUAUUACAACAAUACAAUCCACCACUAGAGAAGAGUAUGAAUUAUUUCGAGCAGACUACAGAACAUUCUGAAAAAUUUAUACAAGAGUACAAAGCGCCACCAGGACCAAGAAUAAUUUACUUAAAACUUACCACAGAAAAACCUCAAAAACUUAUACAGCAAUUCGAAGCACAACCAGUGAAAAUUGAAAAUUACUCCGAGCAAAAUACAGAACAGUAUCAAAAAUUUACACAACAUUACAAUGCACCACCAGUGGAAACCAUUAAUUACUUCGAACCCUAUAUGGAACAACCGCAAAAAUUUAUACAGCACUACAGUUUGCCUCGAAAUCCUGACACACCGGGUAUACAAACUUUUGUCCACGACUUAGCAAAUAGCAGCCAUGAAAACACACAAAGUUCAACUCCACAAAGGCUACCGCUAAAGGAAAUUAUUUUUACGACACCAAGUAUUUCAACUGCCAUUAACAACGAGAAAUUUCUGCAUCCCGACGUCAUGAAAGAAAUUGCAGAAAAUGUGAAGAAGUUAGUACUUAACGACAUCCAAGAUCGUAUAUUGGCAAUCACUAAACCCACCAUUACGACUGAAAUAACUACAAAGAAUUACAUAACUGAACUAAACACAACUUCAAACGUUGCUUCUGCAAAUAAUCAAAUUAUCCCUAAUGCAAUGAAACUCAUACCUACAAAAUUGCAACCUAAGAACACAACUACAACAACUUUACAAAACAGCCCAAAAGAUAAAACACAAAAUAUCAGUACAACUGCAGAUAUGUUCGCUGCUUCGUUAACUAAAAUUGAUUCGGAAAAGUUAAAACAGGCGACUAUUAUAAUAGAAAAAUUCAUUGAAUUGUUUAAACACAUCAAACUGAUGCAAGAAAUCAAGUCAAUGGCCGUGACAGCCACGCCGAACACUUCUAAGAACAUAACAUAUAAGGAAUUAGUGCAGCCACAAAUAAACUUUCCUGUUUUAGUGGAUUCUUCCGGAUACAUUCCACCGACCUCUGUUAACAUGAAAUUGCAAGAUAAAUCCAGUCUUCAUGACUUACUACCACAAGAAUUUCAAGCCAAACCCGGUUCCUACGACUUGCCACAAGAACUAAGUCCAUUCGACCUAAUGUUGCAAGCUCAUAAACGUGCCCUCGACAUACAACUACAAUCUAUCAAGCCACAGCAACUGCUCGAUAUAAACGUACAAGCAAGUAAACUACCUAUUUCUUUCGAGUCAAGAUUACACCCACCGUUUCCUUUCAAUAUGAAAAUACAACCUUCCAAAAUAUUGCCAAUUAUCAUCAACCCAUAUACUCAAACAUUACAAUCGCUACCAUAUCAUAACUUGAAUGUAAAUCAAGCACAUAUCAACAACGGUAUACCGAACAUAAACAAAUUAAACAAUUCUGUAACUGUUCAGCAAACAGAUGUCGGAGCUAUAGCCCCUAUUCAAAUGGUAAAUCCUGUAGGUUUAAAUAACCACAUUGUUUUAUCUUCUCCUCUGCCUCUGGGAUUAACUCAAGAUGAAAAGAAUAGGUGGAACAUAAUGAUCAAGUAUGGCAAAAGUCAAGCUGAGAUUAAAGAUGUUGAAAGUCGUAAACAUACAUUGAGUACAUAUUCAAAUACACCGUAUCACAUUGAAAACUCCAGUCAUGAAUUAGGAAGUACUCUACAAAAUCGUUCAAUAAAUCAUAACGUUCCAAUAUUCAAUCAAGACAGAAAACAAUACGUAAACGAUUUCAGAAUUGGUUUCAAUCCCGAAAGGACUUCAGCGGCAUCAAAACAAGAUGCAGUUCCGCAGCUCAAAACCGACGUCAACAUAUCAAACUAUGAGCAACCGAGAACAGAAAACCCUAAAAAUUCUGACCUCGAAAAUAUAUUAGCAGAGGUCGAAAAAAUUGCCAAAGUGUUUGGAUACAAAAGCGGAGUACAAGACAAAUCCAAAUGUUCAAAUGGAGCACACAAUAACGAACAAAACCAAAAUCGUGAAAAAAUUGCGGAAGUGCUUGAAUAUCAAAACGUGAUAGAUGAUAAAACAAAAUCAUUAAACAUAGCAGAAGAUGUUGACAUUCAAAAUCAAAAUAACAGCAACAACGUUAUUUUCAAAAAUGCUGGUAAUACAUAUGAAGAAAAAUUAAACAGUAAGGAAAACACGAAUAUUGGAAUUGGUUACAAUUCUAAACGCAACCCAUUUGAUCACCGUUCGAAGCUGGACCCGCGAAUUAUACAUCUCAAUCAAAUGGCUCGUUUUUUGAGAGCAAAUGAUAAAGAAGAAGUGUUUAGCAAUGUUUUUAAAAGGGUGUAUACACCGCAAACAUUACAAAAUAUAUAUACAAAACGUAACUCUCCUGAUAAUAACUUUGCUAUUCAAGGGACCCCGAACUACGGCGACAGUGUCAUGGUAGCGAUGGACAGUUUUAAAAAUAAAGAAUACAGAGAGAAAGGAAUUAGCUUUGAUCGACGAUAUAACUCUGGUGGUGCAAAUUCGGAGAAGAUUCCUGUAGGUUACCACGAGAAGCUAGAAAGAUUCGAGGAAAGGUCUCAAUAUAAAGACAAAGAUUGGCAAAAUACACCGCAAGCGAGGCCAUCGGCCCCUAUAAGUAACAUCAAACCUCCUUCUAUAUACAACGACGCACCGUUCAAAAACUUUUUAAAAACCCAGCAAAAGGUGAACAAAAUACUAGAACGUUUAUUAGCGACCAGAACAGACGAUGCUGCACGAAGUACUGAAACCAUAUGAAUAAAUAAAAAUUAAUGUACAAGUUACGGCUAUUACUAAAGUACUUUCACUUGUAACAAAUUAGUUUUCUCAUUAAAAUACAAGUAUCGUAUUUAUCACCACCUAC